AUGUCGCUGAGGCAGCCCAGCCCAUCAGUGAAUUUGCAGGGCGUUUGCAUUUCCUAUCAGGAAACGUAUCGAUUCGGGACACGCUCCAAGGACAUGGGAGUCCAGCUUUAUCUUCUGCUUCUCCUCCCAUGGCUGGCAGGGGCCAUCCUGGACAUCACUCUGAUUGCCAACGUGCAGAGCCUGUCCCACUCCGACUUCUUCCUCUCCUGCGUCAUGGGGGAGCGCGAUGUGAGCUACCUGCAGAUUGAGCGGGAGAACAAGAUCGUGAUGACACACCCCAAGACGGGCUUCCAAAACUAUCGCAACCGCAGCAACCACGUCCAGGCCAGGGGCUUCUCCAUGGCCGACCUGGUGGGGAUCCUCUACUGCCUGGGACGCACCCCGACCGAGCAAGCCCAGGUGGUCUACGUGCACAACCGCCCCGGCACCAACAGCCACAACGCUCACCUCUUCCCAGUGAAGGCCACGCAGUCCGUGAACGUCGCCGAGCCGGCCACCUUCUCUGCCAAGGUCCUCAAGAGGAAGGAGACAGACGUUAUGUGGAAAAGAAAUGGUACCUACUACCAGACCACAGACCGGGGCGAGGUGAGGGGUGACCUUGUCACACUGACGCUCCCCAAUGUGAGCGUGACUGAAAAUGGGGUCUACAGCGCCACAUUCAUGGGGGACAGCCCUCUGUGGAGCGCCUUCUACCGCCUGAUCGUGAGAGCCUGCCCCGCGAAGAAAUGGGGACCGUCCUGCCAAAAAGACUGUCCCGACUGUCUGAACGGUGGUGUCUGCCACGACCAUGUUGGUGAAUGCGUUUGCCCUCCUGGGUUCAUGGGCACCCGCUGUGAGCGAGCCUGCCGGGAAGGCCAGUUUGGCCGCAACUGCCAAGAGACAUGCCAGAGAGCCCAGGGCUGCAGGGGGCUGAGCUUCUGCCUGCCGGAUCCCUACGGCUGCUCCUGCGCCUCAGGCUGGAGUGGCUCCCGCUGCAACCAAGCCUGUCCGCUGGGAUACUACGGCCCCGACUGUGCCCUGGGGUGUGCCUGCCGAAAUGGAGGCAGGUGUAACCGGUCACCGGGCGGGGGUGGCCUCAGCGGCUGUGUCUGCCCCGCAGGCUGGCACGGGCAGCCCUGCGAGAAGUCAGACCGAUUCCCCCAGAUCAUCCAACUGGCCUCAGAGCUGGAGUUCAACCUGGGCUCUGAGCCCAUCGUCAGCUGCGUGGCCACUGGCAACCCGCUGCCUGCCAGUGACAGCGUGGAGCUGCGCAAGGCUGACGGCACUGUGCUCAAGCUCAUCAAAGCCAUCAUCGAGCCAGGGCAGAUCACCUGCGAGUUUCAGGUACAGCGCCUGACGAAGGCGGACACGGGGCUCUGGGAGUGCCGGGUCUCCACGACUGGGGGCCAGGACAGCCGGAAAGUCAAGGUCAACAUCCGAGUGCCACCAGCGCCCUUGAGUCCUCCCCGGCUGCUGGCCAAGCAGAGCCGCCAGCUCGUGGUGUCACCCGUGGAUUGCUUCUCCGGUGACGGACCCAUUGUCUCCAUCAAGCUCCUCUACAAGCCCAAGGACGACACCUCAGCUUGGUCAUCUAUUGUGGUCGACAACAGCGAGAACAUCACCCUCAUGAACCUCCGGCCGGUGACUGCCUACGUCGUCAAGGUGCAGCUGAGCCGGCCAGGGGAUGGUGGGGAGGGCAGCAAGGGGCCUGAGGCCAUCAUGGUGACCGAGUGCCUUGAGCCCACAGUCAAGCCUGUGAUCGAAGGUUGGUCCAUAGAGGAGAAAAACACGCUUCAUGUCAACUGGAAAUUGCCAAGUAGUCAUGAGCCAGCACACGGGUUCAUCGUCCACCUCUUUGACUCUGCGAAGCGGCUGGUGUGUGAGAAAAACAUCACGUCCAUCUCUGUGCUCUCUGCCCGCAUUGGGGACCUGGAGUUCAACAAGGAGUAUGGGCUGGAGGUGCUGGUCUACCACUGCAACAGCCUGGGACCCCCUUCUGACCUCUACAAGGUCAUGAUCAACAGCAAAGGGCCUUCUUCCCCACGCUCGCCCUCAGCAGAGGCCGUGUCCGACACCGCCGUCAGGCUCUCCUGGCAGGUCCCUGAGUACCCCAAUGGGGGCAUCACCAAGUACAUCGUGGAGCUGCAGCAGGUGGGGGGCACCAGCGAGCCCCAGUGGAUCGACACCGACAGCGGCGCCGAGACCACCAAGAUCGUCGGGGGUCUCAACGCCAGCACCAGCUACCAGUUUCGUGUUCGGGCCAACUCCCAUGUCCCAGGGGAGUGGAGCCAGCCCGUGAAAGCCAGGACCCUGGGGGAUGGAGCGCUGAGCGUCCCACCCAGCCUGGGCAGCCAGAGCACGGAGCAGGCAGGAAUAGACCAGCAGCUGCUCUUGGCCAUCGUCGGCUCCGUGUCCGUCACCUGCCUCACCAUCCUCUUUGCCCUCCUGGCGCUUUUCCUCCUCAAACGGCGCCGCACCUUUACAUACCAGUCUGGCUCGGGGGAAGAGACCAUCCUGCAGUUCAACUCGGGGACCCUGACCCUGACACGUCGACCCAAGCCGCAGCCCGAGCCCCUCAGCUACCCCAUCCUGGAGUGGGAAGACAUCAAGUUUGAGGACAUGAUCGGGGAGGGCAACUUCGGGCAGGUCAUCAGGGCCAUGAUCAAAAAGGACGGCCUGAAAAUGAACGCAGCCAUCAAGAUGCUGAAAGAGUUUGCUUCGGAGAACGACCAUCGGGACUUUGCUGGGGAGCUGGAGGUGCUGUGCAAGCUGGGCCAUCACCCCAACAUCAUCAACCUGCUGGGUGCCUGUGAGAACAAAGGCUACCUGUACAUCGCCAUCGAGUACGCUCCCUAUGGAAACCUCCUCGACUUCCUCCGCAAAAGCCGAGUGCUGGAGACGGACCCAGCCUUUGCCAAGGAGCACGGCACUGCCUCCACCCUCACCUCCCAGCAGCUCCUCCAGUUUGCUUCGGAUGUGGCCAAGGGGAUGCAGUAUCUGAGUGAGAAGCAGUUCAUUCACAGGGACCUGGCAGCCAGGAAUAUCCUGGUGGGAGAAAACCUGGCCUCCAAGAUUGCUGACUUCGGCCUCUCCAGAGGAGAAGAGGUCUAUGUGAAGAAGACAAUGGGCCGCUUGCCAGUUCGCUGGAUGGCCAUUGAGUCCCUGAACUACAGCGUGUACACCACCAAGAGUGACGUGUGGUCGUUUGGCGUCCUGCUCUGGGAAAUCGUCAGCUUGGGGGGGACACCAUACUGCGGGAUGACGUGCGCUGAGCUCUAUGAGAAGCUGCCCCAGGGCUACCGCAUGGAGAAGCCACGCAACUGCGAUGACGAGGUGUACGAGCUGAUGCGGCAGUGCUGGCGCGACCGCCCCUACGAGCGCCCACCCUUCGCCCAGAUCUCCAUGCAGCUCAUCCGCAUGCUGGAGGCCAGGAAGGCCUACGUGAACAUGGCCCUGUUUGAGAACUUCACCUACGCGGGGAUCGAUGCCACCGCCGAGGAGGCGUGA